GCAUAGUCUCACACCAGGCCUCACUCUUACUACGCGAUCCAUUAACAACUUCAGCAACCUCUUCUUCCUCGUCAUGCAUGGCGCCUCUCUCGCUGGCAUACCGACAACGACUAUCUGCUAACUAAUCCUGAUAUUCUUCACGGGAGACAGAACUGACGAACACCCAUCCUUGGUACUUCCCACUGCCAACGAGGCCUCUUCUUCCAGGAGCUUCUAGGUUUGCACAUUCGCGCCACAUCUUGCCCUCAUCGCUUCUCUACAGUUUCUAACUUGACACUUACGACAUCCUCUGCCCACACCCACCUCCAACGUCGACUUCGCCCCGCCCCAUCUCCCCGCCCGACAUGACCCGUCCUGUCCCCCUCAGGCGUCCUUACUGCAAGUACCUCACCGUCGAAGGAAGUACUAGCUGUGAUUUGGGAUGCACGAUCUCUACCGAUCCCUGCCUCAGCUCCCAGGAAAGAUACGUCAACGCCUUCAACUGCCCUUUGCAUUUAAUGCCUGAUUCUUGCAGGAUCAUAGUGCGCAAUGUACAAGCAUUGGUCGGAAACCCUUGCUGCCCUCAAGAAAAGACCAGACUUGCUCGUCUUCGUUAGGCAUAUUGGGGUGCGCAUACGGAUGAGUAUGCGAUCGCCAUCCACGCAGCCCGUUCCAGUAGCCUCUUCUCCCUCAUGACAUGUAAGGUCUCUCUCGCUGCGCAUCCGGACAUCGACCAUCUGCUAACCAAUCCAGAUACGUCUCUCACCCCUUGCUCGUCCCAGGCUAAUACACCUGCGCCGUGUUAGGUACCCUACACCAUAGUACGGCACUGACGGACGUUUCAUCCUUGGCCAGGAGCUGUAUCGGUUUAUAAUAACCCUUUUGAAGAUCUUGAUUACGCCGUUUAUAGAUCCCAGCUCGACACUCACGACAUCACCAUCCUAUGUUGACGUGCUCCAACAUCGACCCGCUCUGCCCGACAUCUGUUCGAUCUCGAAAACAUGAGGGAUGAUAUCAAGCAAUGGUCUUUUCGAGCCAGCAACAUACGAAUAUGAGAUUCAGCAUCCAGUGACUUGAUGGCCUUGCUAAAAGUAAGCCACAAGAUCAGUCUCGCUUACGGGACGCCCUUCCUCAUUCGGGGGAGGAAACGAAAAUAUCUCAGACGACUAACAGGCGGUGACGUGUAUGCAGUCACAUGAAUCAAGACGUGAGCUGCUCUCAUUACCCUCGCUCUUCCUGCUGUGUUGACGAUGCCCGAUAUACGAAAGCGACAUUAAUGAAACACUACGCAACUACAUCCGAAUCCUCGAUAUAUCC